AUGGUGCCCGGGGCCCCGAGCACCGGUAGCGCCACCAGCAUGCUCCCCGCCUCGGAGGCAGCCAAAAUCUACCAGACCAACUACGUGCGCAACUCGCGCGCCAUCGGCGUGCUGUGGGCCAUCUUCACCAUCCUGUUCGCCAUCGUCAACGUGGUGUGCUUCAUCCAGCCCUACUGGAUCGGCGACGGCGCCGACACGCCGCAGACGGGCUACUUCGGCCUCUUCCACUACUGCAUCGGCAGCGGCCUGUCGCGGGAGCUGACGUGCCAGGGCAGCUUCGCGGAGUUCUCUAGCAUCCCGUCGGGCGCCUUCAAGGCCGCCGCCUUCUUCAUCGCCACGUCCAUGGUGCUGGUGCUCGGCUGCAUCGGAUGCUUCGCGCUCUUCUUCUUCUGCGGCACGGGCACCGUCUACAAGAUCUGCGGGUGGAUGCAGCUGGCUGCAGGAACGUGUCUGAUCCUGGGCUGCAUGAUCUACCCGGACGGCUGGGACAGCGACGAGGUGAAGCGCAUGUGCGGCGAGCAGACGGACAAAUACACGCUUGGCGCCUGCUCCCUGCGCUGGGCCUACAUCCUGGCCAUCAUGGGCAUCAUGGACGCCCUCAUUCUCUCCUUCCUCGCCUUUGUUCUUGGCAACCGCCAAGACAGCCUCAUGGCCGACGAGUUGCUGGCAGACAAGAGUGCGAACAACGCCAUAUAAGGUGCAAGCCAGCCUUUUAAGACGCAUAUACAAGUAUUUUCCAAUGUACAGGUUAUGAUGUUGUCUCUUCUACUCCAAUCAGAGGCCGAGGUGUUCGGAAAGAUCCAAACAAACAAAUCCUUGAGGACGGCAAGGAACAUUCCAUUUGAAAUAUAUCAUUGACCUCAAACUGGCUGCUUCUCUUUGGGCACCCACCCACACAAGUUGCUGAAUGUCUAUGAGGAUAUAAAGACACUAUCGAAUGAUGGGGGGAACCGAGACUUUUUAUGAACCAAAUUCAUGCUGUCAUUUGCCAUUUUGUUCCACUUAAAUGUUCGUGAUUAAGUGGUGGACGUGACUAUGAUAGAUUUGAGGUAAAAACAAAAAAAAGCUGCAGCCUACCGUUGGGGAGCGGUUGUUACGUGCAGUACAUGUGCCAUCCAUAUACUGUAUCGCUGUGGGGUGCUAAAGCCCUCCGAGGCAAAUAAUUUUUUUGGGG